AUGGUGCGAGAGGUAGCAACUGCCUUUGGCGAAUCUUUUGACAAUGUUCCGAGGUCGAAGAGACAGAUAGGGCUCGCUAGUGCCGUAUUCUUAAUAUUCAACAGGAUCAUAGGGACUGGAGUAUAUGCAUCACCUAGCAUAAUAUUACGAGCUUCUGGUAGUAUCGGCGUGACGUUUGUCAUGUGGAUUCUAGGAGCUUUCAUUGCGGCAGCGGGCACUGCGGUGUACGUUGAACUUGGAACGGGUCUGCCACGUAGUGGAGGAGAUAAAACUUACUUAGAAUUUAUCUACUCUCGUCCAAAAUAUCUUGUCACUUGCGUGUAUGCGAUGUAUGGUUUGUUUCUGGGCGCGAUAGCUGCAGCUAGUGUCGUGUUCGGGGAAUAUUUCCUUCGUUCGCUAUCUAUCACUCCAACGCAAUUUAACGUUCGCUUUUGUGCUGUACUGUGCAUGACUUUCUGUUUCUUCAUUCAUGGUACAUACCUGAAAUGGGGUCUCCGUCUUCAAAAUGCUCUCGGAUUUUUCAACCUUUUUGUCCUCUCGCUGAUAGCAGUAUGUGGCAUGCUUAGCUUGGCAGGUGUUUCAGGUUUUACAGUCCGGGAUGGUUAUGAUAUACCCCAUAACUAUGAGUGGGAUUCAUUUUGGGAAGGAAGUGUUACUGACACAAAUGCAUUUGUAAUGGGGAUGUACAAUGUUACUUGGUCAUUCAUUGGUUACUCAAACGCAAAUUAUGCCCUGUCCGAGGUCCGCAAUCCCGUCAGGACGAUCAAACGCGCAGCACCCUUGGCUUUAGCUUUAGUAGCUUUGGCUUACAUAUUUGUCAACAUUGCCUAUUUUGCCGUCAUUUCGAAGGUCGAUAUUCUUGACAGUGGUACUGUGGCAGCCGCGUUGUUCUUCAGGAAUUUGUUUGGCCCGGCCGCGUCCAAGGCACUUAGUGCAAUUAUAGCGCUUACUACGCUUGGCAACGUCCUUUCCGUUCUAUUUUCUCAAGGCCGAGUCAACCAAGAGCUUGGCCGGGAGGGAGUAAUUCCUUACUCGUCAUUCAUAUCUAGUAACAAACCUUUCGAUACACCGCUGGCAGGUUUAUUUGUCCAGUGGGCUGUUUCUGUGAUCACCGUGAUAGCAACACCUUCGGGCGAUGCUUAUCUUUUCAUGGUCAACCUUAACACGUUCCCAUUGAUGAUCAUCAAUGUACUUGUGUCGGGUGGACUCCUUCUCCUUUAUACGCGAGCGUACAAAUCCUUCAAUUGGCAGCCGCCUUUUCAGGCCUCGAGAAGUGUUGUGGUAUUCUUCUUUUUGUCACAACUCUUUUUCGCGGUUGUCCCGUUCAUUCCUCCUUCUCCCGGGUUUGACAUAUAUGAGAAUCUACCGUACUGGUCCCACGUCGCGGUAUCCAUCGUCAUUGCCUCCCUCGGGGCUGUUUAUUGGUUUAAUGUUUUCAUUUGGCUGCCGCGCAGGAAAGGUUACAAGCUAGAACGGGAGAUGGUUGUCCAAGAAGAUGAAAUUUCGAGGGGGGUGUUUACAAAGGUACCAAUUGAACAAGGAUCAGUGAUACGAGGAUUUGCAAGUUAG